AUAACUUUUUGCUUAGAUUUAGCGAUUAUGGCGUGUUUAAUUAUAUUUUUAACAGUAGCCAUAUUAUUAGUAACAUUGAAAUUAUAUUGGAAAUUAAAUACCAAAUGGAACAGGUCUUAUAAAUGCUUAGUUGGUAAAACAGUGUUAGUUACUGGUUCGAAUACAGGUAUUGGUUAUUACACAGCUUUAGAUUUUGCAAAAAGAGGCGCAAAAGUAAUAUUAGCAUGUAGAAAUAAAAUAAAAGGUGAAGAAGCUCAAAGGCAAAUGAUAAAAAAAAGUGGAAACGAAAAUAUUAUAUUAAAAUUGAUCGAUUUGGAGUCAUUUGAAUCCGUUCGAAACUUUGCUAAUGACUUCAAUCAAAAUGAAGAGCGUUUGGAUAUUUUAGUAAAUAAUGCUGCUACUUUAACCGGACUAGAUUACAUGACGAAAGAUGGAUUUCCAGUUAUUAUUCAAGUAAACCAUUUAUCGCCGUUUUUAUUAACACAUCUCUUAUUACAUAAAUUGAAGAAAUCAGGCUAUAGCCGCAUUGUAAACGUUGCAUCUAAUAUGGUACAAGCGGGAAAGUUUCAACCGAAAAAUCUCGGUCUUCCUCUAGAUAUAUCGUAUAAACGAUAUCGAUCCAGUCAAUAUUACGCUGAUUCGAAAUUAUGCAAUGCUGUUUGCACGAUAGAAAUGGAUAAACGACUCAAAGAUACUAAUAUUAUUGUUAACGCACUUCAUCCAGGUGUAAUUGUAACUAAUAUAUUCGAUCACCUUCCUAAACUGUUUUGUACAAUUGUCCACUCAUUUAAAUGGCUGUUUAAAACAAUCGAAGAAGGUGCUCAAACAACAUUAUAUGUUGCGCUUUCAGAAGAUGCUGGGAAAUCGGGAGGACGAUUUUUUAAUAAUUGCAAAGAUGUGGGACAUUAUAAAAAUGCUAAAGAUCUAGAUUUUGCACGUGAAGUUUACGAAAAAUGUGAAAAAUUAGUUGGUCUCCUGCCAGAAGAACAAAUUAAAUAA